CUCUCCCUCCUGAACAUCCUGGUGUUCUAAACAGAGGGAUUUUGGUGGCCACACCAAGCCCUGCUGAGGCUGCAGAAGGUGGCACGCUGCUCAUCAGUGUCAAUGGCCUGCACGGCCUGCACUCCAGGAGGACAAUCCGGAUUCUCCUGCUUGCUGCAGCCCAGAGCAUCCUGAAAAAUGCCGCAGCCAUUUAGCAUCUUUGGGCUAAUGAUGAUGGUCCAUCCAGAAUCUCAAGGCUUGGAAGGUGAUGAUGAAGAUGGUGGUGAUGAUGAUGACAGUGAAGAAUCAGGGAACUCCGGCCACUCUGAGCGUCCUUCACCCUUGUCCAAGAGCAAUGAUAGCAGAGAUGACAAUCAGACAGAGGAUCUGGGAGAACCCAGGCUCUCUUACAUGGUGAAAGAUAAACGAGUGGGGUUGGCCAAGCCUGCACUGGAGUUUGAGGAGGAAGAUCAGGAGUUUCAGGAACCAUUUUAUGAAGACAUGGGAAUGUCUGACAGUUUGGCUGGAGAUGAGGAGCCCAGCCCGACCUAUCACCUUCCUGGGCAUCAGAGGGGGCCUGCUCUCCUAAAGGCCAGCACAGCACCAAGUGGCUUCCAUGAAUCUUUCCAGCAUAGCUCAGGCCAGCACCUGGGGACAGAGGCCACUGCCACAUGGGCCUGUGCUGGUGACCAUUAUGUGGGACACCCAGAGAGCAGCACGGGAGCGGAGCCCCACGUGCUGCACGAGGAGGACAGCGAGGACAGGGAGUCCCCGUCCCUGCAGCCGACCUACGAGUCGCUCAGGCAGGAGAACAUCCUCCUCAGGUCAGAGAAUGAAAUGCUCAGGAAUGUGAACCUCGUGCUCAUGUCGGAGAACUUUGCACUCAGGCAGGUGUUCAAAGAGCUCAAGGACGACAGUGCUGUGCUCGUGGGGGAGGAUGUCAUGCCCAGGGAGGAAUACGACAUGCUCAGGAAGCAGUAUGACAGGCUCGAGGGUGAGAAUGCUGCGCUCAGGAAGGACAAUGCCAUGGUCAGGAGAAUGUUAAACACCUUCCAGUACAACUUGAAGAGACAGGUGUGCAUGGCGUCGAGCCUGCAGGAUCAGCUGAAGGCCAGCCAGGCUGAACGAGAGAGGGAAGUCCGAGAGCUCCAGUCCUUAGCCCAGCAGAGUGAGUGUCAUCUUCAGCUAAUGAGCCAGCGGGUUCUGGAUGCUGAAAUAAACAUGGAGAGGCUGAAGCAGAAGAUCUUUAUUCUCCAAGGACAACUGGAGAAAUCCAAGCUGGAGAAUGAAAACGGAGAACAGACUGGCCUGGAAGCAGUGAAGCACAGUUUAGACUUCAACAGGCAAAACCCCCACGAGCUCAUAAUGGGCAAAAAUGGCUCCCUCAGGCAGCCUGCCUCAGGAAUGCUGCCCGUUGUUGCUGAGGUCCUUGAAUCUACCAGAAAAAUUCUCAAAUUUUAAGCAGAAGAAGAUCUGUGAGUGCAAUUUUGUGUGAGUUCCAUGGAUCCGUCUACGAUCCAAGGCCAUGGGUCUCCCACUUGCAGCCAUUUACUGCAAAUAAAAGCAUUUACUUUC